AUGAAUGAUGGGUUUACUAUGGUGAAAUUCAGAGAUGAGGCAACAAGAGAUCUUGUGUUGGAGUCAGGGGUGGUGCAUUUUGAUAGGAAACCAAUGGUUCUACGACCUUGGACCACUGAUGUUGAGUCUCUGAAAUCCAUCAAAUCAGUCCCUAUCUGGAUUAGGCUGCCCGACCUUGGGUUGCAAUAUUGGGGAGUGAAUUGUCUGAGUGCCCUAGUUAUCACAAUAGGAAAACCCAUUAUGAUUGACAAGAUUACUCAAAAUCGUUCUAUGAUUAAGUUUGCUAGAAUCUUAGUUGAGAUGGAGAUUGCCGAUACCCUGCCGAAAUUCAUAAGUUAUUUUAAUGAGAAUGGGCAAAUCGCUGAACAAAUGAUUGAGUAUGAAUGGCUCCCUACUAAGUGCUCAAAUUGCAAGAAAGUGGGUCACUCUGUGUCGUCUUGCAAGUUUGUUUCUCAGCCUGUUUGGCGGAAGAAAGAGGGGAAGCAAGUGGAAGGAAAUAGUGAAGGUGUGAAUAAGGACCAAGUUGAGGUUGAGAUGGCAGCUGGCCAACUAGAGGAUGCAUCUGAUACUGUUCAGAUUGUUUCGCCUGGAGCUGGGGUUCCUUCCAGCUCAUCUCAGCCAGUUGAAGCCCAGGUUACUUCUAUUCCAGUAGGUGAUAACUGGAUUUCCCCGAAAACAACUAGAAUUAAGAAGCAAGGUGUUCAAGUCCAGGUUAAACAAACCAAAAACAAAUUUAGUGUUCUUCAGGAGGGUCAGAAACCAGCUAAUUUAGUUCCAACUCAGUUGAAUAAAGUUGGGCUUGGUGCUUUUCUUGAAACAAAAAUCAGGGGAAUUAAAUUGACGGAGGUUAUGAACGCUAUGUUUUAUGGGUGGGAGUACUACAGUAGUAAUAUUGUGGAAGGUAGAAUUCUGGAGAGUGAUCAACUUUUACACUGUCAAGUUCGGAUACAUAAUCAAAAGGUUUUCUGUAUUACUUUUGUUUAUGGUUCAAAUAAUUUGGAAAUGAGGAGAUCCUUAUGGAUGGAUUUGGAGCACUUAUCGAAGCCUAGUAAUGCUUGGUUGGUUCUUGGUGAUUUCAAUGCAACUUUUAGUCUGAAUGAUAGAAUGGGGGGUCGUCCGAUCACUGACAAAGAAAUGGAAGAUGCUAGACAUUGGCUUGAUCUUGGAUUGGUGGAAGAAAUGAAGACUAUGGGGCCGUUUUAUACCUGGUCCAAUAACCAAGAAGGUGGGGAUCGUAUCUUUUCCAAAUUGGAUAGGGUGUCCGCUAAUGAGACUUGGAUGGAUGAGCAUCCCUUAGCUUCGGUAGGGGUUCAGUGGGAGUUUAGAGAAGUUUUCCUUAAAAACUGGAAUCAACCUCUUAGCUUUCCUGGAAGGGGAUUAGACCAUAUUAGUUGGAAGUUACUUCGGCUUAAACAUACGUUGAAGAGCUUUAACUGGAAGAUUAUGGGGGACGUGGUGAGUAACUAUGAGAGAAGCAAACUUGCUUAUCAACAAGCUCAUUCUAUCUGCCUUGCUGAUCCUUCCAACAGAGAGGUUAGUAAUAAUGAUAGAAUGGCUUAUCUGGAGUUUAAGAGACAUGAGAAGUUAUAUGCUAGCUAUAUUUCCCAAAAGAGUAAAAUUGAUUGGUUAAGGUUUGGGGAUUCCAAUUCUUCUUUUUUUCAUUCCAGUCUGAAGAAAAGAAAAUUAGCUAAUAGAGUGGUUUCCUAUGUUUCGGCUGAUGGGAAGAUAGUAGAUGAUUAUGAUAAGGUUUCGGCUCACUUUCUGAAUCACUUCAGAAAUUUUUUGGGAUCAACCAGUGCAGCUUCAGGCAAUAUAGAUUUUCAAGCUAUUGGGCAGGAUUCUGUUCUGAGCAGUGAGGACUAG